AUGUUUCGUCAUCCCGUUAAUACCAACAAUAAAAAAAGUGUUGUUAAUAAUUACGACGCAAUUUGCAGUUCGGAUAAUCUCGACCAGCCGUCGUCAGCCAUCGGCAGCGCAGUCCUCCGACGACAUUCAUCCUCGAUCAAGACCUACGAUGCUGUGGAGUUCCGCGAGCGAUUGAAACGAGGUUCAUCACUUGACGAUCUGCCAUCCCAGCGCGUCAGCAUUUUGCCGCAACCGAAUUCGGCACCGAAUCGACGACACGUCGUAUUUGUAAAGAAUCGAACGUGCUCAAUUCCGCGGAAUAUUCUUCGCAAGGCUUCGAACUACACAAAAUUGUCGAGUCUGGCGAGAGUCGCGUGGCUCCGACCCUACUCGACGGAUCCAAUGUAUUCAGCAACUCUGCCGAGAAAUUAUGGUGUUCAUAUGGACGAUCCACCGUUUCAUUAUGAUCCGAUGGCAUUUCCGGAAAGGCCUUCGACUGUUGGACGAGCCCAAUUUGGACAUAUCAUUCAUAAUGAAAGGCGAUUCGCGACGCUUGAGAAAUCGCGUGCACAUCAGCGAAUGUCCAAGUCCGACUACCACCUAAUGAUGGAUGCUCCCAAUCAGUACACCGAUUACGACACAAUUCAAAGAAUGGUGAGUGUUUCAGUUUAG